AUGAAGCUGGUAAUAACUGUUUUCCAGUUCGACUCCACAUAUGAAGAGCGGGAGCCCAUCGAACUCCGGGUUGAGGGAACAAUUCCGCCAUACGCUGCAGGCACGCUGUUUCGCACAGGAUUAGGUCCAAGGAUAGUCAGAUCUACCGCCGGAAAGGAGUUCAAAGUCAAUCACUGGUUCGACAACUUCUCUCAGGUACAUCGCUUCCAGAUUCAUCCUCCAGAAGCAGGAUCGCCGGUCAAGGUGACCUACAAUUCAAGGUUGACGAGUGACGGGCUCAUUGAGAAGAUCCGAAAGACCGGUCAGCUUGAGGGCUUCACUUUCGCUGCGAAAUACGAUCCAUGCAAAUCCUUUUUCCAGAAGAUGCAGUCGGUGUUCCACCAGCCAUUAGUUCGUAGACCGAAUGAGGUCAACGCAGCUGUCACAAUGUCUGUGAACUUUCCUGGUCUAUCUGGCACCGGCCAAAAGUUGAAUGGGCCCCAUAGCCCAAGCGAAAGAAUCACUCUCUGCAACAAGACCGAUGCCAGUUUCGUCCAGAUGCUGGAUCCUGAGACCUUGGAACCUGUGGGUAUUGCUCAGCAGGAUGUGCUCAACCCCGAGCUCAAAGGGCGCGCAAGUGGUGCGCAUGCCAAGUCAGAUCCUGCGGAUGGUGAUGUGUACAACUACAACCUCGACUUCGGGAGGAAUGGCACGUAUCGAGUGUUCCGCGCCUCAGCGUCGACGGGCAAGACUUCUAUUCUGGCCACGUUCCAGCACACCGCAGCCUAUAUCCACUCUCUCUUCUUGACAGAGAACUACGUGGUACUGUGUGUGUGGAAUUCCAGUUACAAAGGUGGAGGCGCCCCCAUCCUGUGGACACAGAAUCUACUUGAUGCGAUGACCUGGAACGAUCAGCAGCCUGCAGCAUGGUUCGUGGUCGACAAGAGAACCACUCCCGAAGGAGGCAAAGGUCUCAUUGCCAAGUACGAGUCGGCGCCAUUUUUCUGUUUUCACACCAUCAAUGCCUAUGAACAGCCUUCCGCCCUUGAGGACGGCUCUGUCGACAUUGUGGCGGAUUUGGCUGCCUACGAAAAUAUGGACCUUUUGUACCGGUUUUAUCUGGACAACCUCAUCAGCGACUCACCAAAAGCCUCGACGUACAUGAAAAGUCUCGAUCCCGCGGUACGCCCGAACUACCGGAGAUUCCGCCUGGCCUCGAUCCCCGUUGACAAAGACCUUAAGCCGCGCAAGGCAAUAUUGGAGUACGAAAGCAGCAAGGAAGAUGCCUUCGAACUUCCAACCAUCAAUUCCAGAAAGGUCACUAAGAAACAUCGUUACAUGUACGGAAUUGUGGACACUGGUAAAUCUACCUUUGCCGACGGUCUCGCGAAGCACGAUGCAGAGACCCACGAGGUCAAACGAUGGGCCAAGCACGGACACACUGCUGGUGAACCUAUUUUUGUGCCAUCCGGACAGAGUGAUGACGAGGACGAUGGUGUGCUCCUGACUGUGGUCCUCGAUGGAACGGCGGGGAAGAGUUACCUGCUCGUCCUUGAUGCGAAGACAAUGCAGGAAGUUGGACGAGCUCACGUUGACGGGGCGCUUGGAUUUGGGUUUCACGGACUUCAUCUCAGUGCUCGACAACAGGGGCCUCACUUGGACGGCCUGAGCGUGUGA